AUGGCUGAAAUUGUAUACAGACAGUAUAUAGGCGAAUCAGAUUUACCCCACAUUAUGUCGUUGGUUCAGAGUGAGCUCAGUGAACCCUACGUCAUCUACACCUACCGUUACUUUCUCCAUCAAUGGCCGCAACUUGCAUUCCUGGCGAUACCAGCAGGCUCUUCGGUUCCGAUAGGCGUCAUCGUGUGCAAGCAGAGUAUGCACAAGCAUGUCGCUAACAGAGGCUAUAUAGCCAUGCUCAGCGUGAACAAGAACUGGCGUAAGCGUGGCGUAGCCAGUACGCUCGUACGACGCUCUAUCGAAGUUAUGAAACAGCACGGCGUAGACGAGGUAGUGCUCGAGACCGAGUAUGACAACGUAGCCGCGCUUGCUCUUUAUGAAUCUCUUGGGUUUAUCCGAGAGAAGCGCUUGUAUCGUUUCUAUCUCAACGGAAAGGACGCUUUCCGUCUUCUCCUCCCGAUCCCUCCCGAUGAAGACCAGGACAGUUCCCCAUUCCAUAGCCCCCGCCAGCCCAUCAGGACAUCCCCUUUCGCUUAUGUCAUUGACGACGAUGACGACGACGAUUAA